AUGGACCCCCUGGUGUGGCAGGGAGAGGGCACAGCCCAGGAUUCCCCGGUACUUCCUGAGUGCAGGCAGCAGGAAACCUUGGCAGCAAGCCUCGGGCACGAGUAUCUGUGGAACAGAGUUCAGGGCCUCAUAGCCAUGCUGCAGCUGCAAGAGAGGCUCUUGGAAGAAUAUCUAGCCUUGGUGGCUUCCCCACUGGGAGGUGGAGUUAGAGAAAGGACAGAGUGGGAGGCGGCGCUGCCAGCACUGCCAGCGAAAGAUGUAAAAGAAAAACCUGAACAACAGGUCAGGACAAAAGAGACUGGCAAGUUACCUAACGGUACUGAACCUCGACAGCAACCAAGUGCCUUAUUUGCUAGAGGAAGUAGGAAAGCAGCCAAAAGUCCUCAGAGAUCAUCCACUAAAAUAAAGGAGAAGAAGCAUCCAUUUGCUCUUUACGGGUGGGGAGAAAAACAGACCGAUACAGGAAGCCAAAAAACGCACAACGUCUGCGCGUCUGCCCCCGUGCACGAGAUUCAUGAAUCAGCGUUACGAGCCAAGAACAGAAGACAGGUGGAAAAAAGGAAACUGGUGGCACAGAGGCAGCGCGCCCACUCUGUAGACGUGGAGAAAACCAGAAAGAUAAAGCCUUCCCCCUCAGAGAACCCAUGGAUGACAGAGUAUAUGAGAUGCUACUCGGCGCGAGCAUAAAGGCCGAAACCGUUACCUGGACAGCUUCUUCAAAAGAGUGUACAUGAGAGACGGGAGAAAUAAAACAAAAGAAAAACCAUUAAUGGAAAAUAGACAUAGGUUUAAGAAGCCA